AUGUCUUCAAUCCGUGCAAUUUUGACUCCUCAACUCCGCGCAGCCAUCAGACCUCAACACUUCCGCACUUACCAGAAACCUAUCCGUUUUCAAGUCGCAGCCAUGUCCGCCGUCUCAGACGCGAUUGUCAAAGACCAUCGUGAGCUUAAGGACUACUACAAUGAAGUAGUCAACUCCACCGACCACGAUCACCAGCAGCGCUUCGGUAAUCAAUUCGUGUGGGAGCUUGCGCGUCAUUCCAUCGGCGAAGAGCUCAUUGUCAAGGAACUACUCAAGGUCUUCCAGAACCUCAAAGCCCAAGAUCCUGAGUAUCUUCCCAAGAUCAAAGAAAUCUGGGGCUUGCUGGAGAAGCACAUUGAAGAGGAAGAGAACCGAGAUUUGCCUGCUCUUGAACAGGCGAUCAAGUCGCAUGACCAAGAGACGGAGAGUUUGGCGACGCAGUUUGCUCGUACGAAGCAGUUUGUGCCGACGAGGAGUCAUCCAAGCGCUGGAGAGAAUCCGCCUUAUGAGUCGGUUAUGGGACUCAUGGCGGCGCCUAUCGAUAAGCUUGCUGAUAUGUUCCGCAAGUUCCCUGAUAAGAGUCAGCUGUAA